CUUAGCAGUCAUAUUUUGAGAUCUGGAUUUGAUGUCAUUCGUGUGGAUUCCAAUUUUUACGUUUUUAAUUAAUUGCUCGUACGUAGUAUUUUUUUGUUAACAUAGGCAUCUGCGCUGUAAAUAAGUACAUAUUUUGUUUGUCUAACGGAUUUAACUUAAGAUAAGAUCUCCGCGUAACCUGAAGUCGUGUAAAAACAUUUGACAAACAAAACAACGGAUUGCAUUAAUAAGUAGUCGUUGAACAUAUGCAAAAAUGACCAAUCAAAAACCAACAGCCACUUCUCGGUUGAAACAGGAUUACAUGCGUCUCAAAAGAGAUCCUGUGCCGUACAUAACGGCAGAACCGCUGCCAUCGAAUAUCCUUGAGUGGCAUUAUGUUAUAAAAGGACCAGAGGAUUCCCCUUAUCAUGGUGGCUAUUAUCAUGGAACACUGUUAUUUACCAAGGAAUUUCCCUUCAAACCACCUUCUAUUUAUAUGAUAACACCCAAUGGUCGAUUCAAAACGAAUAAGCGACUAUGCCUCAGUAUAUCUGAUUUUCAUCCGGAUACCUGGAAUCCAGCAUGGUCUGUGGCAACCAUAUUAACAGGUCUACUAAGCUUUAUGCUAGAAACGACACCUACACUAGGCUCGUGUGAGUCCACAACAUACGAAAAGCGGAAGUAUGCCCGUCAAUCGCUGGAGUUCAACAUGAAAAAUGAAGUGUUCCUCGAGCUGUUUCCCGAAACAUGUGAUGAAAUCAAUGAACGACUAGCUAAAAUCGAGGAACACCGGAAACAAAAUGCUACAAAUAACAACAAUUCCAGUACUGCCAAUGGUGUUGCAAACGGUACAACGGCAUCACCCGACGCAUUGGAUGUAGAGUCGCCGGAGGGUGCCAAUGGACUUUCGAGUAGCGAUGAUAGUAACAACAUUUGGCAUUCCCUCUAUACGAAUUUAAUUGUGCUAAUUGGAUUCGUGAUAUUUGCGUUGAUAGUGCAUUAUGUGAUCAAAAGCAUGAACAUUGAAUGAUCGUAAGCCAAUCGAACGUUACGCACUUCUGUUUCUACUAAUUUUAUUUAUGUGGAAAUGGUUUGAUCGAUUUCGACUUGAUUGUUCAACAAUAAGGUUGAAUUAUAGAUACAUAUGUUGAUUAUUGUUAAUACGAUUAUUUUCGUGAAUGGGUUAAAAUUUCAAAUUCCACUAGGAUGUUUUUGUUUUUGAGUCAUAGCAAGAAACAACUUUUCCUUAAAACAGCGAGCCUAUUGUAAUCCCCACAAUGAAAACCGAACUGCAAUAGGAAUCGAAUCUUAAUGAAACUUUUUCAAGGGCUGAUUAGUAGCUUUCGAAAUCUAUCCCAGUUUUAGUAGCCUAACGUGAAUUUAUAAAUACACUUGAUGCCCACACUAUCUUUAAAAUAUAAGCUACUAAUAGCAUGUUUAGUAUGUAGAUAAAGCACUACUGUUUCUGAUUGUGAUAUGUGCAUUCAUAAAACUAUAAAAAAGCGAAAUAAAAUCUGGAGUCGAACACAGCAAAUUUUAGAAAAAAAAAACACAUCCGCAAUACACAUUUGUUACAAAAAAAAGGUUGUCGGGAGAUUAACACAUAACUCUAUAUCAAAAUAACGCUAAACCCUAUACGACGAGCACAGGUGAAGAAAAAUAGCACACUCAAUAGCCAUGAUCCACUGAGGCAGCGGAAGCCUACUUGAGCAGUAUACUACAGUGUAACUCAAUUUUGACCAAGAAACUGGAAAAGCAAAUCAUGCGGUCGAAAUAGAAAAUUGAAAUACUAAUGACGUAUGCGAAGUUUGUGAAUUGAAUGACUCAAAGCAAGUGGGAAGACAAGAUAAUGCAGUAUUUAUUGUAAAUUACAAUUUGAAUAAACUGUGGAUAACUAUAGAAAA